ACUGCCCGCACAAUGCCCCAACCUUUUCACAUGUUUAUAUUUACAAAUUCAUUGUGCAAUAAAUUAACUGGCGACUGAGCGGAGUACGCGGACACGAUGAGCGAGGGAAAGCAACAGAAUCCGGGCGAUGGCAUCCGUUCCAUGCGAAGCACCGGGGUCUUCCGGCUGAUCAAUUUUGAGCUGUACACGAAACCGAACAAAAUCAUCAUGGGCCUGGGAUUGACCGCCUUUGCCGGGGUUUUUGGCUACAUCGCCUACAUGCGCUACAAGUACGAGAGUCUGGGCUACUAUGUAGCCGUCCAGGAGAACGGACAGGAGAAGUUCGUGAAGAAGAAGUCGAAUUGGGAGCAGUAAGUCCACCCGGCGGAAGAGCGAUCUUGGUGGAAACAUCUUUAUUUACUCGGUAGCACAAUUUGGUACAUAAAUUUGUUUUGUUUGGGGA